AUGCACAACGGAUAUGGAGAGCCUCAGGUCUACCACACAAUGUUCUUCUUCAACCACAAAUGGCCUUUGAAGACAAGCUUACUGCGCUCAUACAACAAGUUCCAACACUUCCAGAACAUCUACGACACCUUCCAUGGUGGAUCCUCUGGCGAAUACGGAAAUGCAGAAACAAGAUACGCUGACAAUACCAGAAGGAGUCAAAACAGGAAUGUGGAAGCACAGCAACACAAAUGGAUCCGUCCACCAGCUGGAUAUACAAAAUGCAACUAUGAUGGAGCAUUUAGUAAUACAGAGAGAGGAGCGAAAGCAGGAUGGAUAAUAAGAGAUGACAUGGGAAUAUUCAAAGGAGCAGCAAAUGCCACAACACGUUAUCCUAAAACGGCUUUGGAAAGAGAACUACAAGCUCUGUUAUUUGCAAUGAUGAACUGCUGGAGUAAAGGACAUCGCAAAAUUCUUUUUGAGGGAGACAAUAUCAAUGUGUUGAAGCUGAUCAAAGGAGAAACUAUAAACAUUGAUGUCAUCAACUGGAUCAAGGAUAUUAGAAGAUGGGCUACUAAAUUUGAAGACGUUCAAUUCUGUUGGGUGAAUCGCAAAGCAAACAUAUGUGCAGACAUUCUUGCUAAACAAGUCAUCCCUUCUUCAUCACCAUUUCGUUACUUUUCUUAUGUCCCGAUGUUUUUAAGGGAUGCUUUGUCUAAUGACUACUUUGAUUAUUAA